AUGUCAAAUAAAUUAGUACUUAUUGUAAUAGGAAUGAUCUUCCUUGGUGCGAUGAUCUACUUAGCAAUAUUAUUGAGCUCCUCAUCAAAAACUGAAAGCGUCGACCUGAAUAAAAACACCUCUCCAGGCGUUUCUAAAAACUCUGCCCCAGCGAACCAAGUCGAGGGCCUUGAAAACUCCGAAAAAGAAACCAAAGUAGGCGCGAGGAUGUUAUUACUCCGAACAACAUUCAACAACAAGAUCGCGCCGGAGGAUUAUCACAAACUAGCCAAAGGUUUGGCGAGAAAGUUCAACUCGGAUUUAAUGGACGAAUCGGUCCCCAAAAUAGGAAAAAUAGCGUCCUUGGGGAUCACGAUGUUGUCAGCUUACGCCAAGAAUAAAGACUCCGCUUACCGGAGGAUUGCGGAGUAUCUAAUCAAUCGCCUGGACGUCGAAUUGAAGAAGCUCGUGGAAAAGAACGAGCAGGCACCCUGGAAACAGAACUGGUACGACGUCGGUGUCCUGCUGCCACGCAUGCUCACGAUGUACGAGUUCCUGGGGACGAAAGACAACUACAAGGUCAUCUGCGCGCAAUAGAUCCGAGAGAUCCUCGGCAAAACAAGGACCGGCAUCGAGCUGGUGUGGAUCGCAAUCCCGAGUAUCGUCACCAAUUUUAUCUACGAUGCAGACUUCCAAAGCUCCCAGAUGAAGACGCCGAAGUUCCAAGCGGUGAAGGACGCAAUGGUCGUCGCAAGUAUCGCCGAGUCUGCGACGCUCACAAACGGACUCCACAAGGACGGGUCGUACAUUUACAACAAGGUGGCGACGUACUGGCCCCUGAUAGAGUCCCGGGAGUUCUACUCGAAAGUAUUCUGGGCGUUGAUGAUCACAAUCGACAACGACGCAAUCGAAGAAAUAUUGAACGACAUCUUGCACCCGGAGCUGGACUUUGUGCCCAUGGGGCUGUUUGGGCGCCAGCCGCAGCUCACUUGGCAGCAAACUGUGACCCCUGGCUUGCCGAACUUCUCCACCUUGACGGCGAAUGAGAAGAAGGUUCAGAUCUGGCCAGUCAGUGGGCUGGGCGUGCUUAAGACCGACCGGUUCGCGUUCUGGCUCCGCGUUCAGCGGAACGGUAUCGCCGCGUACGAAAGUGACCAGGAGAACUUUGAGUACGCCGCGGGGUGGAUCCAGAUGCGGAAGUUGUACCAGGUGAAGAACAAGGGUGACUACCUAAAAACUCUGACCCGGGCGGAUCUCAAAAAACAGCCCGGCGUAAUUUAAUACGCAGACGAUAACGAUGCUGACUUUAAUAGUUUUAAACCUGCUAAGGAAGAUUUUGUUAAGACACACGAUGCGACGGUUCUUGAGUCGCACAUCGGGCACUUUGAGAUCCCCGACCGCGUGCUAUACUGGUAGAACAAGUACAAGUUCGGGUUUUACGGGAGUGAAACGGUAAUAUUCGAACGCGGCGUCUGCACUAGUAACGGGUUGGUUGUACGUCUGAAGGUUACUAAUAAGUCCGGAAAAACUUUAAUGGUUAGGACGAAGGAUGAACAUCUUGGCGAUACGAAUUUCAAGUGCACUGUUGACAGUGUAGCCAACUCCGACGGUAUCGUAACUGUUGAAAAUAAUAAAGAGCCGCUUAUCGAUUGGCGGCAAGAAUUUGACAAGACGGAUUCGCAGAAAAUAGUUACUUGGGUAGAGAGCGAAGAGAUGGCGUUCAAAAUUAAUAAUGUUAAAUACGAAAUUAACCCGCAAAAACAAGAUCAUUUUGUGCUGAAAGAUACCAAGUUGCUUGUCGGUGGAAGUUCCAAGACUAAUUUGUCAGAUCCGAUUAAUUAUAACGGGGAAAAUCCGCCCGCGCAAUGUAAAUUUGAUGAUAGAUCGAUGAUGUACAAGCCAUCAUGA